UCCUCAUUCUAUGGUUCAACAACCUCCCUCUUCAACUUUCCCUAUUAACACCAUUCACUAUCUCACAUUCUCCUCCAACUUCAUUCCAGACUUUGAAUGCUUUAGAAUGCAUCAAAGCAGCAUGAACAACAACAAUACUCCAGUGAAAGACUUCUUUGCAUCCCCAGCUCUCUCCCUCUCUCUGGCAGGUGUGUUCAGGAAUAAUGCAGCAGCAGUUGUGGAUGUGGAAGAAGGGGAUGAGGCGAGUAAAGGAGGCUGUCAAAGGGAGCAGGCAGAGAUCAGUGGAGAGAACUCCGGGCCAGCAGGUCGGUCAGACGAAGACAGGGAGUCCAAUGAAUCACAGGAAGAGAAUAGAGAGGUUGGAAACAACAGGAAGAGAAAGAAGUACCAUAGGCACACAGCUGAACAGAUCAGAGAAAUGGAAGCGCUGUUCAAGGAAUCACCCCAUCCAGAUGAGAAGCAGAGGCAGCAAUUGAGCAACCAGCUAGGACUUUCUGCCAGGCAAGUCAAGUUCUGGUUCCAAAAUCGACGAACCCAAAUCAAGGCAGUGCAGGAGCGGCAUGAGAACUCGCUACGUAAGUCUGAGAUAGAGAAACUGCAGGAGGAAAACCGGACCAUGAGGGAGAAAAUCAAAAAAGGAUGCUGUCCUAACUGUGGUUAUACAACCUUGAGCAAUGGUACCACCAUAACCACAGAGGAGCAACAACAUCAUAUAGAAAAUACCAGGCUAAAAGCAGAGAUAAAAAAAUUACGUCGAAUGCUAGGAAGCAUCCCAGAUGGAAACACUUCACCAAGUUCAUCAUGCUCAGCAGGAGCUGAUCAAAACAAGAGCUCAUUAGAUAGCUGCAGUAGGUUCUUGGGUCCUGAGAAAUUUAGAAUUUUAGAGAUUGUCAAUGUUGCCCUGGAAGAGCUGACCAAGAUGGCUACUGCCCAGGAGCCUUUGUGGGUUCGGAGUGUUGAGACUGGAAGGGAGAUACUGAACUAUGAUGAGUAUGUUAAGGAAUUCUCACCUGAUAUGUCAAGGAAUGGAUGUGUCAGAAACAUUGAGGCUUCUAGAGAGACUGGUAUUGUCUUCUUUGACAUGCCAAGGCUUGUACAAGCAUUCAUGGAUGUGAACCAAUGGAAGGAAUUUUUCCCUUGCCUGAUCUCCAAGGCUGUCAUUGUUGAUAUCAUUUCCAAGGGUCUCGGUGAUAGCAAAGAUGGCACCAUACAACUGAUGUUUGCAGAAAUUCAGAUGCUUACUCCUUUGGUGCCGACACGAGAAAUCUACUUUGUGAGAUAUUGCAAAAAACUAUGCCCCACUAGAUGGGCAAUUUUAGAUAUAUCUAUUGACAAACUUGAAGAAAACAUAGAUGCAUCACUCAUGAAGUGCAGGAAGCGGCCCUCAGGUUGCAUAAUAGAGGACCAAGACACUGGUCAUUGCAAGGUGAUUUGGGUAGAACAUAUGGAAUGCCAAAAGACUGUAGUUCCAACACUAUAUCACCCAAUUGUUACCAGUGGUCUGGCUUUUGGGGCUCGACACUGGAUGGCAACAUUACGUCUGCAAUGUGAAAGAUCAGUUUUCUUCAUGGCAACUAAUGUUCCUACAAGAGACUGCAAUGGGGUCUCGACACUGGCCGGAAGAAAGAGCAUCCUGAAGCUUGGACAAAGAAUGACUUCGUGCUUUUGCCAGAACAUUGGUGCAUCAGGACACCACAAAUGGACCAAGGUGUCAACAAAAGGUGGUGAUGAGAUUCGAUUCACGUCAAGGAAGAAUAUCAAUGACCCCGGGGAGCCUCUGGGACUGAUCAUUUGUUCGGUUUUGUCGACAUGGUUGCCUGUUCCUGCAAUGUCUCUGUUUAAUUUCUUGAGGGAUGACUCAAGAAGAACUGAAUGGGACAUCAUGCUUACACCAAGCCCUACUCAAACAAUGGUGAAUUUAGUAAAGGGCCAAGAUCGUGGAAACUCUGUUACUAUCUAUAGCCUACAGACAACAACUUCAUCAGAGAGGACCAACAUUUGGGUUCUCCAAGAUUGUAGCACCAACUCUUACGAGUCAAUGGUGGUUUUUGCUCCUGUGGAGAUUGAUGGCACACAAUCUGUGAUGAACGGGUGUGACUCGAGUAGCUUGGCCAUAUUGCCAUCAGGAUUUUCUAUACUUCCAGACGGACUAGAGACCAGGCCUCUUGUGAUCACAUCUAGGCCACAGGAGAGGACAAUGGAAGGAGGAUCUUUGCUUACGGUAGCAUUCCAAAUUCUUGCGGAUGCGUCACCUGUGGCAAGGCCAACAACAGAAUCGGUGGAGACCAUAAACACACUUGUUUCGUGCACAUUGCAAAAUAUAAAAAAAGCCUUGCAGUGUGAAGAUGGGUAAUUUGUGUGGGAUAAGCAAAUAUGUGAAGAUUGAUGUAAAUAGGUUUCAACCAAUAGUGGGAGGAACCACAUGUGCAACUCUUUGUUGUUAA